AGCCAACUUUUCGAAAGAUGUCAAAAACAUUGAAAGAUAGACAUUUGUCCAAAGCGAUUACUGACACUUUACUGAAAAUUCUGAAUGAAGUAGAAUUCCUAAAUAAACAGUCUACAGUAGAUUGUCAAAUAUUAUUGGAGGAAAUUUUAAAUCGAGUUAUGGAGAAAAUUUCCGAUUUAUCUUCUACAUCGUCAGAGGAAGUCCAGGAAGAAGAAAAUAAGGAAAAUGUUGAUCCUUGUUGCUCAUCAGCACUACAACCAACAACACUUGAGGAUUCUAGCUCAGGGGAGUCAGAUGAAUAUAAUUUUACUUGGGGUUCUAUUGACGAGUACAAUACAAUACAAGAUUAUUAACUUGAUAUUGAAUUCGAGAAAAACACCAACACCCUUGAUGGCUGCAGAAUAGUUGAUAUAAAUUAUUUAAUAACGAAAACAAUUAUUCUUCAAAGCAACCACAACAGAAAAUGUACUGGAGGUUCCUUGUUAUUCCUGAAGGAAAAAAGACUAGGACUUUCAAGUAUUAUUACAUAUAAAUGUAACAUAUGUAACAAAGAGCAAAGUUUUGGCACAGAAAAACCAGCACAAACUGGUCAAAUAAAUAAAGUUGCAGUAUGGGGAGUACUUUCAACAGGUAGC